UCGAGAGUGCGCGGCGGCAGUUCGUCCGGCAACAUCGUCGUUUAUGGUUGUGUGACGUUUGCACCGCGCCCGUCGUACGUUCGUUCGUCGUCCUUUACCGUUUUCGUGUUUUUUUUCCCUCCCGUCACGAAUGCGCCCGCGCUUUCCUCCCGUCAACUUCUCGGUUUGUGGUGUUCGAUGUGCCGUGCGUUCGCGAGUGAUAUCCAUCACCGAUAAUUAUUGCCCACGGAUCAUCUGCUGCUGAUUUUACACUCGCACAAAUCGGAUACAUCGAUCGACCGCGGUGUUUUAUUGUCGGACGUAUAUUUAUACGGGAUUUUUGAAAAUCAAUCAGGAACAUUUUUUGAAUAAUAAUACUGUGAGAAAUGAUACCGAAAACUGUUGGAUAUUCAUUUGAUGCGUAUAAAAAAUUAUAAUUAAAGUAUGAGACUUAACGAGAUCGAAUGGCACGGAAUGCUCGACGUCAUUAGAUUGUCGGACCACGCUCACCGGGUUUGAAACGUUGAAGUGUGUUAUGCGUAAACAAUGAUUGGUCCAUAUUCACUGAUUAUCGUGGCUGUGUUGCUGUCCAUUGCAUCACAUACAGUGACCGACUCACUAGACUGGGACACUAAGUGCCACGAGAUGUGUAAAUGUAAGUGGGUAAGUGGACAUAAACUGGCAGAUUGCACAAACACGAGUCUGACCAGCAUACCCAAAAACCUAAGUGACAUGGUGCAAGUGCUUGACCUGUCCAACAACAAUCUAGUUAAACUCGAACAAGACGCGUUCAAGUCUGUGGGUUUGAUCAACUUGCACAAACUGCUCAUACGCAGUUGUUCUAUCGAAAAUGUCGAUAAGAACGCGUUCCGCAGUUUAAAAAUUCUAAUCGAAUUGGACCUAUCAGACAACAAAAUCCAUGUGCUGUAUCCGACCACAUUUCUCGAUACUAUCCGAUUGCGAAAAAUCAACUUGAACCACAAUCGUAUACAAACAUUGCAGAACGGACUGUUCAGUAACAUGUCGUUCCUACAAACGGUUGAGUUCAAGGAUUGUCUGAUAUCAACUAUAGAGCCGAUGGCGUUUUACAACGUCACUAAAAUCAACAAACUAGAGCUGAACGGAAACAAGUUGGUCAAUAUUAACUCCGUAGUUUUGAACUCGAUGCCCAGUCUGAUGGACUUGGGAAUCAUGAACAACCCUUGGCGAUGUGAUUGUCAGCUUAGGCCUUUCAGAAACUUGGUCAUGGAAAGGAAUCUUUACUCGAAAACGGCAUCGUGUACCGAACCCGUGAGACUCCUGGAUAAACUGUGGGGCGACCUCAAAUCCGAUGACUUUGCUUGUCAACCAGUCAUCCAAUAUCCCGCUGAGAGUUCAACAUUCAGUCUAGACGACGAAGAAUUAACAAUCGGCUGCAAAAUAUAUGGCGAACCUAUGCCCAGUGUCCAGUGGGUAUUCAACAAUCGUCUUAUAUCGAAUUAUUCGCACGGUGAUUACAAAUUCACGGUUUACGAAAGCGUAGACAACACCAUGGCCAAAUGGAUAAAUCUGACCGUGUCCCGGUCUCGACUAAUGGGAAAGUCGGAAUUUAAAUGCAUCGCGCAAAACCCGGCCGGUCUAGAAGAGCGUAAAAUCACUGUAAUUGUUCAGAGUAACAGUGGAAAAGGUAUUCUUGGCACUACAGUGAGCGUAAAAGAAUCGUUACCAAUCAUCAUAGGUUUGGUGGCUGGCAUUUUCAUAAUCAUCCUGCUGUUGAUCGUGUGUUGCCUUUGCUGUUGUCGACGUCGAUCCAUGAUGCAACCGAAAAAACUACACACAAACGGGUUUUCCAACGGUGACGUGCCCAAUCAUGUAACAUCGUUGGUAUCCGAGCCGUCCGAACAACAAAAGAGUCUUUUGGCUGUCGUCAAUCCAGUGCAGAAACCACCUAGGAGAUACGAAUCGUCGCCAACUGGUACUGAGAUGACCGAGCUGAAAAGAAACUUGUUGGACGAGACGUCCAUUAGCGGCGAUCCGGAAGAACAGUGUUACGGCGAGUCGGGUGACGAGCAGGGUAGCAUCGACGGCGGUUGCGGCGUCGGAGACGGCGGCAGCGGCCACGGUGGCAGUUCGACACUAGGCGGCCGUUCGUACCGCAAAGGCACGCACCCUCCGGACCUGCUGGCGUUUCCCCGCGGCGGCCACAGCUCACCGGCCGGCAGCAUAGUGUCCACUAUCCCGUCGUUCCAGUCGCCGCUGCACAGCCCGAUCUACUCGGGCACGUUGCCCUACAACCGGUCCCAGUCGCCGUUCAACUCCCGUCCAGCGCAGCCGCCCGCCGGCUACGUGACCAUACCCAGACGACCGCGCGUGCCCAGCUGGGCCAGCAGCGCGGCCGCGACCACGCCCACUGGCCACCUGGACGACCCGCUAGGCGUGGGCCGGCUGUGCGAGCCGGUCUACGACAAUCUAGGCCCGCGCACCACGGCCGACGGCAGCUCGGUGCUGUCGCUGACCAAGGCGGUGGCCGAAUCGCAAAGCCCCGUGGUCCGGCCCACGCCGCAGUACAGCCAGACGCUGCCGCACAAGACCAAACUGUUCCACGGCGGCUCGGGCCCCGGCCCCGCGGUCCGUCCCAGGUUCAACAACGCGGACGCGGACAGCAGGGUACCGUCGCCUGCUCCCAGGUCACCAUCGGACAAGGGUGGACAGGACGCGCAGCCGCAGAUCGUGCACAACGCACUGCCGCCCAACUACUCGCCGCUGGUGGAGAUGGACACGCGGAACAGGAGCAGCUGGGCGCCGAACCGUGUGGGCACACCCGAAUCGGGUGUGCUCAAGCCGGCCAGCCAGACGAACAUCAAGCGCAAGGUGCCACCCAAACCGCCCCCAAAGCCCAAGAUCAAAGGCGGUCCGUUGUUCGAAGAUGAGGGUGAGGACGGUACCGAAGUCUGAUGCUUCACGAACGGUAACGAUCCAUCCGCAUCCGGAGACUUGACUACUUCAAUUCUUUGUACUUCCACGAUGAUUAAUAUGUUAUUCAUUUUUAUUUGCCAAUUAUUAUUUUGAUUUGUGUUUUUGUAUGUUUUCGUGUAACUAUUAAUUGUAAGUUAAUUCAUACAUUGUUUUUUCAUACUUUAGAUAUUUUGUGAUUUCUUAUGUUUGGAUUUGUUUCUUUACCAAUUUUUUUUUUUUUAAAUUAUUAUUCUCCAUAAGUAACUUAUCUAUACAUGACAUUUUCAUUUAUCAUUUCAAAAAUAUUCUUAUAAAUUUUCUGCUUCUUUAGUCUGCCUUGUGUCUUUCUAUUAUACAGAAAACAGAGAAAAAUAAAAAAUAUAUGAAAACCAGUUUGUCAUAUAAGAAGACCCGCCACGGUUGAAAGGGUUCGAAUGAAAAAUUAAUGAGAUCACUCCUUGUUGUUUGCUGUAGCUGAAGAUUUAGAGAGGAAUAAUGUACAGUGUUUGAAAUUUCAGAAAGAGACUGUUUUUCAUAAGUCAUGUAUACUAUAAGAUAGUAUAUUAUACAUUUUAUUGUAUUAUUUUACAUUAUACGUAAUUAUUAUUUGUUAAUAUAUUUCAAUUUGGUUACUAUCAUUGUCAAUCAAAUCUAAAACAUGCAACUGUAUAUUAUGAUAUUAUAGUCCUAUUUUUACCUUAUAAAAUGUAUGUGUUAGUUCCCAUUAACCUCACAUUGUCUGUAUAUUAUAUAUCGUCUUAUUGAUGUUAUAUAGGGUUUUCUAUAAUCUGUUAUCUAAAAGAACAAAUAUUAAUU